CAAUCAGUAACGAGGAUCUCCGGAAGGGGCUGGAGAUAGACUUCAGCGUGUCUGCGACCGUGCUAGGUCGGUGGGGUGGGUGUAAUUAUCUGUCCUCCGAACGUCGCUCUUCUCUCCCCGCGUUCCCCGCCCAGGGUCGGGUCCUUGGGGCCUGCUCAGAGUGAGGCUGAAUUUGCGGGCACUUUCUAUCGUGGUUAGCCUUGUAGAGACUCCUGAGGCCUCCCUGCUGAGUCUCACGUCCCCUAACACAGGGACGCACAGACGGCGAGAUGUCCGGCCUUCUCCGUGGCCUCACCACGUCCCUCAGUCGUGGCCUGGCCCUAGGUCCCCAACUCUGGGCCACACGUUCCAUGGCCACCCUGAACCAGAUGCACCGCUUAGGCCGCCCGAAGGAAGUCCCUAAGCGUCUGGGUCCCACAGAGGGCCGGCCACAGCUGAAGGGUGUGGUGUUACGCACAUUCAUCAGAAAGCCGAAGAAGCCCAACUCUGCCAACCGCAAGUGCUGCAGAGUGCGCCUCAGCACGGGCAAGGAGGCUGUCUGCUUCAUCCCCGGGGAGGGCCACACCCUGCAGGAGCACCAUGUGGUCCUGGUGGAGGGCGGUCGCACGCAAGACCUGCCUGGGGUCAAACUCAAAGUUGUGAGGGGCAAGUAUGACUGUGGCCAUGUGCAAAAGAAGAAGUGACCAUAAUUCACAGUGGUCAGACACCGGGUCCUCAGAAACCAGUUCUUCCUGUCCCAGGGACAGCUAGUCUUGGACGCCACUCUCACUUGGCCUCAUCAAGACUGCCAUUAAUCUGCAAGAGUUCUGGUGAAUCGGGAGGAAGCUCCCCUCUGCCCACUCCCUUGGCUUCCAUGUUCAGUGUCCACAGAUGGGACCUGAUGCUGGGAUGGGAGUUGUAAUAAACACAUCUGCAGGUUGUAAUGUCA